AUGAAUGGAGACGAGGUACCAUCCGACGUCUGGACGGUCGUCAGCUCACACCUCGUCCUGCCGAAGCAUCACAUCGCACUCAGUCAAACAUGCCAGUCUUCGCGAGCGGUCUAUUUGCUCGAGGAGAAGUGGAAGCAGAUCUGCCGGUCCAUGGGGGUUGGGCGGGCGAGCGGAGAGGCGAACAUCAAGUGGAAGACGGUAUUCUGGCAGGUGUAUAGGCAUAGGCACCGGUGCCGGAUCCCGCUGUGCUACCAGUAUGGAGCUCCUGCUAUGAAAUCCGUCGGCGACCUCCUUCCUUCCGCCCAAGCCGUCCUCGAGCACUUCCAGUACUUCAAGGAGAAUCAUGUCUGCAACUGCGGCGGCUGUCAUCAUGAGGACGACGAUGAAGAGGAUGAUGAAGAUACCGAGGGGGAGUCCAACUCGGAUGAUGAUGAUGACGACUCGGAGGAGGGAUCAGAUGAGGACGAGGAGGAUGACGACGAUUGGGAGGAUGACACUGCUCCCAACCCGAUGGGCCUCUUCCCCGGCGCUUCAAACGAUCCCAUGGCGGCAAUGAUGUCCAACAUGAUGGCCAGCAUGCUGGGUAUGGGAGGUGGACCUGUGCCGCCUCUCCCGCCCAUGUUCAUGGGGGGUGGGGGUGGCCCCAUGCCCCCUUUCCCGCCUUUCCCGCCCAUGUACCAAAACCCCGCAACGGCGGCCGCCAACCUCGAUACGCUCGCCACCCUCCCAUUCCAGCCUCCCGCGGUCAAGCCGAAAUCAAAGAAGAAGGCGAAAUCGACCUCCACAGCUCCCAAGCCCAGAGCCCACCUCCUCCCUCUUAGCUGGAAAAACCGAGCGGACGUCCCGAAUCGACCCAUUCUCCACCCUUUCCUCGUCGAGACCGGCUCGGUCCAGUUCCAGCGUUUCUUGAUGGGCAAGAUGGCGCUGCAGGCUCAGGUAUCGCUCGGUCCGCCUGGUCCGCUCCCGUUCCUCCCGGUCGGUAUCGACUGGGAGGAGGCGGUUGACCCGAAGGGAUUGAGGCGGAACCCAGAUCUGGUGGAUGUCCAGCUGCAUCCGCUCCUCUCGCGAGCUUAUGCGACCAACCCUCCGGUCACCGAUAUACGCUUCGAGCUGGACACUUUCUCCACCCACGUCACCAACCCGGACGGCGUCACCAUCCGAGACUGCAUCACCCAGCUCGGCCGUUACUUUGCCUCUCCCAUGACGCUCGGGGAUCGCGCAGCACUCUGCAGCGAUCCUACUCCGCACGUAUGCGAUGUCACCAGUUGCAAGACUCGCAUUCAAUUCAUUACUAGGACCGGGGCCAAGGUUCAGCAGGCACCCGGGUUCCCGAAGACUGGCAUCAAGGAGUGCUGGUUCAGAGGUAUCUCGAGGCUCGAUGGAGGGCAGGUCGUCUGCGAGUUGAUCCCGAACUAG